UUUUCUGCUUUCACCAACCGAAAAAAAAUUUCUGUAUUGUAUAUAAACCUCAGUCUGUUUCCUUUUGCGAGAAAACCAAACCUCAGUUUUUUCUUACUCUUGGUUAUUUCGACUUUAUUAUUUCCAUCAAACUCAUUCUAAGUCAUAAUGGACUCAAGUUCACCAAAUGUCGUCUCCCUCAUGUCACUGAAAGGGAAAGUCGCUGUUGUGACGGGUGGUGCUCGAGGCUUGGGAUAUGAAAUGAUGCGUGCAUUGGCAGAAAGUGGUGCAUCCGUAGCCUGCAUCGAUUUGUUAGCUGAAUCAGGCGCUGAAGCCGUUGCAAAAAUCGAAUCUGAAUGUGGUGUCAAGGCAACAAGUUGGGGUUGCGACGUAACCAAUGAUGAAGAAGUGGCCAUGCUCUUUGAUCAGAUUGUGCAACAGCAUGGUGGUUUGGAUAUCCUUGUUACCGCGGCAGGAAUCAACAACGUCUGUCCUGCCAUUGAUUACACCGCUGAUACGUUCCGUAAAAUUUUUGAUGUCAACGUCUCUGGCACGUUCUUCUGUAUGCAGCAAGCGGCAAAACAUAUGAUACGUUUGGGCACAGGUGGCUCAAUCAUCACCAUUGCGUCAAUGUCCGCUCAUAUCACGAAUCGUCCACAAUGUCAUGCUCCUUACAACGCUACCAAAGCCGCGGUUCUGCAGCUUACCAAAUCACUGGCCUGCGAAUGGGCCCCUCAUCAUAUCCGAGUCACCGCCAUUUCCCCGGGUUAUUUCGACACAGCAAUGAAUCGCGCGGUAUUAGCUCAACAAGGCGAAGAAGGCACAAAAAUGCGUGACAUUUGGGAAGCUAAUACUCCUAUGGGUCGCAUGGGAGUUCCUCAUGAACUUAAAGGUGUUGUUACAUUCUUGGCCUCCGAUGCUGCUUCCUUUGUUACCGGAUCCGAAAUCCUUGUUGACGGCGGUUAUACCGCCUGGUAAAAAAAUACCUGUGCGGCUUUCUUCAUCGGGUCAAAAAAAGCCUUUUUGACCUCUCGAUAAUUUGAUAUUUUUACCACUGCUUUACCUGCAGUCAACCGAACCGAAAAAAGAAAACACAUACUUGCAUGUUCUCGAUAUUUACUCUGUAAUAUAACCCACAUUCCUUCGGCAACUUGUAUUCCUUGAUUAUUGUUGUUCUCAAAAGUUUUUUUUAUUAUUUUUUUUUUUGCUCUGGGAAAAAAUGCGAUCUGCAACUUUGGUAAAUAAAACUUUACACCAAUCAAGUUGGUUGCUUAAAAUUUCCUUAUUUUCUUUCG